CUCAAAACGCUGUCCUGUCAGCGUCACUUUUUAAACGUUGUUUUGUUGCCGUUACAUAAAAUAUUAACCUAAUGACGUAACAUGACUAAAGGCAAGGAAUUACACAGGUUUUCAUACAGCACCUCAUGAAGUAAGUUUAAACUAUAGAUGGUCGUUCACAGCGUGUUGUGGUGUUCAUACCAACCAAUCACUAUUACUGGUAUUAUGAUAAUUCAUAUUAAUAAUUAUAAUAAAAUGAAAGCCUGAUGCCAUAGUGACCUGGACAAGACAGAGCGAAUAGGAUUUAAGUUUGCGUUAGUCUUCAUGACGGUCAAAUGCCCUACAGUCACACAUGCUCAGACACAAGCAAUGGACUUUACUGACACAAUCCUGAGGCUGCUUUAAUGUCAGUUUCCCACAGGGAUCAGUAAACAAUCCAGGCCAUUAUCGAGCUGCAGCUACCAGCCAGCAGCCCUCUGAUAAAGACAGGAGCCGGCCACACGGAGAGAACGUCCUAAGUGGGAUUUAUGAUGUGCUAAAUUUAUCUAAAGCCUGUGCUAUGAGUGAGCCGGACUAAUGAGUACCCUGUAUUACUAGCUGGAGCCGGGAUCUUCUGUCCAGAUGAGAGAGUGGACUGAGCUGGAGAUGAACUUCUCAGCAGGGGGCUUUCUCUCCACCUCUGACGGUUACUGCCCGACCGAGCAGCUCCAGUACUAUGACAUGCUGGCUGACCCUCUGGGCUGCCCCCUGCAGGACCCUGACCUCCAGCUGCUCCCUUACAGCCAACAACAGUACAGCUCUGCCAACCUGCCCUUCUCCAUCUACGGCUCUCCGUCCUCCUCCACAUCUUCCCCCUCCUCCACCUGCCACCCCCAGUACCACUACAGCUCCCACUGCACCCUGGAGGGUCCCUGCGACCCCGGCGCCGAGCCCCUCUGCGACGGCCUAGCUCAGGGCCUCGGACCUGUGGAGCUUCCACUCAGGCGUGGGUCUCGGGUGGGGUCUGGGGGCAAGAGCAGAGGGCAGGAGGAGCUGUGUGUGGUGUGUGGAGACAAAGCAUCAGGCUAUCACUACAAUGCUCUGACCUGUGAGGGAUGUAAAGGCUUCUUCCGCCGCAGCGUGACCAAGAAGGCCGUGUAUCACUGUAAGAGUGGGGGCACCUGUGAGAUGGACAUGUACAUGAGGAGGAAGUGCCAGGACUGUCGACUGAGGAAGUGCCGCGCCGUGGGAAUGCUCGCCGAGUGCCUCCUGACAGAGGUGCAGUGCCAGUCCAAGCGUCUGAGGAAAGGAGGCAAGGGCCGGGGCCAGGAGGACGAGGAGACCGUGGACAGCAGGAGGGUCACCUCCACCAGCAGGCUGCCCGGGCAGGCUUUGCCCACAACUUUAACUCGAGAACAGAAAUACAUCGUGGACCGGAUGGUGGAGGCCCAUCGGAUGUACAGAGCACAGGACAGCAGCCACUGCAGGUUUGAUUGGCCGUGUGCUGACGAAGGGGAGGGUCUGUCUGAUAUCGUAUCUCCCCCCCUGCAAAGACUGCUGCACUUCGCCAGGACAGUGCCAGGUUUUGACCUUCUGGAUUUCUCAGACCAGGGCUCUCUUUUGUCCAUCUCUUCACCGGAGGUCAUGUUCCUGCUCUCAGCUCAGCAGUUCUCCAACAACCCAACAGGUCCCAGUCAGGCCCUGCAACCUUUCGGUGUGUCAACGCGUAACUGGCUGAGAAACGUUGAGUCUAGAGAAAGUCUCCACACUAGGAUGCUGGUCAGCACAGGAAGCAGCGAUGAUCUCUCUGGACCAGCACUCAAUUUCUUCCACAGCAUGAAAGCAUUGCGGGUAACGGAGGCUGAAUACGCACUGCUCACCGCUACAGCUCUGCUUUGCUCAGACCGAGCAUCCCUGCAAGCAGCCAGUUGUGUUGAGAAGAUGCAGGAGCUGAUCCUGGACCUGCUGUCCAGGGUGAGCGGGUCCCAGGCUGGAGCUGCACGAGGGGGACCGCAGCGGUUUGGCCGCCUGCUCGGCAGGUUGACGGAGCUCCGGACCCUCCGUCACAACUACCUCCUCCUGACGAGACAGCAGGCUGGACACUGAUGAGGAGGCUGGCCACCACCGCUGCCACCCGGCAAAGUGUUAUUAAAACCAAUCGCUUGUGGACUGCCAGAGGUUGAGAUCAGAACACUUCAUAGGCCUUUUUAUACCUGGUGUAUGCAGGUACUUUUCACUAUGAAAAUAAAAUCAAAUAGAGAAUGUGAAAACUGGAGGUCAUCUCACUGAAAUUAAGAACCAAAGUUUCACCAUUUUGAAUUACUCCUAGUAAUAUUUAGCCUCCACACUCACAAAAGGCACACACACAAAAAGCAGGUGCAGAGCCUUUACAUGCAAUGCAACAAAACCACUGCAGGUCAAGGAUCCCAAUAGGUUUUUAAUAGAACAUUUAUUUCCCAAAACGAGGAAGUACUGGUUCAAACAAUAUUUGGUGAGAAGGUAAAUUAUGCACAUGGUAAAAGCUUAUAAAGGUGUACUUCCAUUUGAUAAAAUGUGGCUCUUGAUAAUAAAUAGAAUCAUCUAGGUUCAUCAGUGAAUGACGGUGGUUGGGUUUUAUCAACAUUAAACCAAAUGUGAACUCAUCUGUUUAAAACGGUGGCUGAAUGACUUUAAAACCUCACUCCAUUUUAGUUAAAUACAUCUCAGCUUUAAGCAAUAUAGCUUUAGUUCUAUCGCACUAUCCUCCAUAAAUAAAUUAUUUCUCUCUGUAUCAAAAAGAGAAUUCAAAUAUAAAGACCAACAGCUCAUCGUGUUGUAGGCUCUGAACGCACACACACGCAGAGCACAACGAAAUUUCAUCAGACAAGCCAAUAUACUGCAGCAAGUUGGGAAUUAUCUCCAAAUAUACACAGCCUCUUUUCCCCCUGUGGGUUGAUUGAAAUACGCAUUUUAAAAUAGCAACGUUAAAUUAGUUUUGAUAAAACACAUACAUAUGUACACAAAAUGUGCCUUCAUAAUAUACAAGUGUCUUUGUAAAAGAUCAAAAUGUAAAAAGCUGUUGUAGAAAAAAUGGCAGUGACCAUUCAUUCAUCUUCUGCGGUUCAUAUAAAUAUGUCAAAUCUCUCUUCUGAAAUAGAUUCCUUGGCAGUAAAAUUAUACAAAAUAGAGGGUAACUCUUUUACAUUAACUCUAGACGUACAUUCCCGACACAUCCAGAUGGAGUAAGCAGACGCCUCAUCGCUGACCGCAGCAACAUAAAACUGAUAAGUAGCUUCAUUCACAUCCUCGCGUGGUGGCACAGGAAGGCAAACACUGCUGCUCUGUGUCAGACACUAGUGGUUUAGUCCAGGACGUGGCAGCUUCUUCAGACCACAGUGAAUACGAAUUCAACUCCCAGCAGGACUCGCCCACCUGCGGCUGUAAAGAUGCAUAGUGGCUGACUGUGGGUGCACACGAGGCUCCCUGUCACCCUCUACAGGUAGUUAGAAGCCACGAAGUCGCGGCUGUGGCUGACUCUGCUCUGGUGGAUCAUGGCGCGGUCAUACGCCACCUGGACAGACUUACGAAUACUGGACUUGCGGCCCUCCAUGAUGCGCAGCUUGUCUGCGGUGUCGUCAGCACCCAGAGGUGUCAGUUUCUCACGUGGCAGCCACUGCCUAGAGUCACAGAGAGACACAGUUCGACUGUUGGAGCUUCUAAGUACGACCAAUGGCGCUCAAUUCACUUGUUUGCAUUUUAUAUUGUACCUAAACUUUAAAAUACUACCUAUGUUUUGUUGUUCAAUAAACCUUCUUUACAAGCA